UUAUCUAGAUCGGAUCUACACAUUACCUAUUGUAUGGUUUGUUAAAAGUUACACAACUCAAGACUACUCUGUAACUUUUUAUGACAAGAUAAACGAUGUCAAAGCGCCAAGCUUGUUCAGAGACUGAUGAUCACAAGAUCACAAAUGAUAAAUGUGCCAACACCAGCCUUGAUAAGUUGAGCAAUGUUGAAGUUUGUGUAGAUUUGGUCAAAAAACCAAAGUUUACCACAGUCAAAGUGUCUGAAACAGUAAUGCACCACCCCAUUAAUUCCCUGGACAGCGAAACAAAGGAUGAGGAAGAAUCGGAAGAUAUUACCGUGCGUUCAUACGAUCACGACGAGACAGGACAAGUUGAGGAAAAGAAACCUAUGCCAGCACACACAAUUAGUACCGGGGUCAAAGUGGACUGGACACAAAUUAGAAAGGAAAAUCUAGAUGUCGACCACACAAUUCUGUAUUCUAGGAGAGAAGCUUAUGCUAUCUUGGCGAGAUGUGAAAAAGAACUCUCCUACAACGAGGGAGAUUUAGCGAAGAUACAAAUGUUUGGGAAAUGGAUCAACAUUCCGAGGAAACAGGUGGCCCAUGGGGAUGAAGGCCUGACGUACACCUUCUCCGGGAACACCAUCCCGGCUCGACCCUGGACCCCUCUGCUCAAUGAGAUUCGAGAACACGUUGCUCGGGUCACCGGAUACUCCUACAACUUUGUGCUCAUCAACAGAUACAAAGAUGGCGCAGACUACAUGGGGGAGCACAAAGAUGAUGAAAAAGACCUGUGUCCUGGGCACCCAAUCGCCUCGUUGACCCUGGGCCAGUCGAGAGAUUUCGUGUUCAAGCACCAGGACAGGAAGAGCGGCAAGCGUCCGAUCGAGACAGUGACGGUGCAGCUCAAGCACGGAAUGCUUCUGUUGAUGAAAGAUCCGACCAACAGUUUCUGGUACCACUCCUUGCCGAAAAGAGCCGGCGCCCUCGGUGUGCGCAUCAAUAUGACGUUUAGAAAGAUGCAGAGGUCCAAAUGCAAGCCAGUGCGUUCUUGUAAGAAAGUUGGUAAAAGUGUAACUUGAUAGUGUGUGACGUUGGUGAUUGGUCUUCGUACCUGUGUGUACGUAUGUUACUUUCGUCUUGCCGAUGUUGACGGGCAGACAGGCAAUACGCAGUCAUACCUCGUUAUGCGACCUACCUUGGGACGAGCAUGAAGUUGGCAGUAGAAUUGGGCUAGCGAUACAAGUUACUACGAGGACUGACUGUACUCCAACUAAAAAAAAA